UGGAAGGAAGAAACCAUGAAGGUGCAUUCAGCACAAAGAUACCUGUUUGGGUCUGGGAAGCUGGGAUCUUCGCAAAGAAAGGAGCCUUUGCUGUGGGCACAGCUUUCUUUCCUCCACCUGAGCUGCUGGGCAGUGUCGGAGACAGGGGAAACUGGCCUUGGUAAGUCCACCCUCAUGGACACACUUUUCAACACCAAGUUUGAAGGUGAUCCAGCAUCUCACUCACAGCCCGGGGUCCAGCUGAAAUCCAAUACCUACGACCUGCAGGAGAGCAAUGUCAACCUCAAACUGACUAUCGUGAGCACCGUGGGCUUUGGGGAUCAGAUCAACAAAGAGGACAGCUAUAAGCCCAUCGUUGAGUUCAUUGAUGCUCAGUUUGAAGCCUACUUGCAAGAAGAACUGAAGAUAAAAAGGGUCUUGCACAACUACCAUGACACUCGGAUCCACGCCUGCUUGUACUUCAUUGCUCCGACAGGCCACUCACUGAAAUCCUUGGACUUGGUGACAAUGAAGAAGCUUGACAGCAAGGUGAACAUCAUUCCCAUCAUUGCCAAAUCUGAUGCCAUUUCCAAGAGUGAGCUGACCAAAUUUAAAAUAAAAAUCACAAGCGAACUGGUCAGUAAUGGUGUUCAGAUCUACCAGUUCCCAACAGACGAUGAAUCAGUGGCGGAGAUAAAUGGGACAAUGAAUGCCCACUUGCCGUUUGCAGUGAUCGGGAGCACGGAGGAGCUGAAAAUAGGAAACAAAAUGAUGAAAGCUCGUCAGUACCCCUGGGGCACAGUGCAGGUGGAGAAUGAAGCUCACUGCGACUUUGUGAAGCUGCGGGAGAUGCUGAUCCGUGUGAACAUGGAAGACCUUCGCGAACAGACCCACACACGCCACUAUGAGCUGUACCGGCGAUGUAAACUGGAAGAGAUGGGUUUCAAGGACACCGAUCCAGACAGCAAACCCUUCAGCUUACAGGAAACUUAUGAAGCCAAAAGAAAUGAGUUUCUGGGGGAACUGCAGAAAAAGGAAGAGGCAAUGAGGCAAAUGUUUGUUCAGAGGGUCAAGGAAAAAGAAGCAGAGCUGAAGGAAGCUGAAAAAGAGCUGCACGAAAAGUUUGAUCGCCUGAAGAAGUUACAUCAGGAUGAAAAAAAGAAGCUAGAGGAUAAGAAGAAGUCUCUGGAUGAUGAAGUAAAUGCUUUUAAACAAAGGAAGACAGCAGCUGAAUUGCUCCAAUCUCAGGCUCAGCAGGCUGGAGGAUCACAAACUCUUAAAAGAGAUAAGGAGAGAAAAAAGUAAUUAGCUGCUGUUUGGCUGCAUGGUGCAUGAGGCACAUUGUCCUGGUAAGCGUCAUUAACUAAUAUAGACCUCACAGUGGGAUCAGUUACACUUCCUAAAAAAGCAGACCCUGUGCAAGUCCAGAAGCUUAUAAGUAUUAUCUCCAUCUUCCUCUGCUUUCACCCUUACUAUACAGACUCUACCAGUCUCUCUCUACAUAUGCAGUUGGAGAAAAAGGAUGCAAUGAAGUUUGUCUUUGAAGAUUCUGCAAAGUAAAAUGCAGAGAGACUCAGUAUUAGGACAUGAAACAUAGAAAAAUAAGGAUUAGGUCCUCUUUCUUUUAAAUCUUCCCAGCACUUUGUUGGCUCCGUUUUCUUUAUUCUAUCUCCCUUAGAAAUGAAUUACAUUCUUGAAUCGUGUAGGCCAUGUUGAUACUAUGGCAACAAUUGCUAUGGAGAUGUGGUGCUGAUGAUAGAACCCAGUUAGCCAUGAAAAUGUCUUUUCCCUUUCUCCUCCUUCCCUCCCACCCAUCCAAAUUGCAGUGCUAACUUGUGGUUACAGUGCAGGUGAAGGUAGAUGCAAGACUAGUUUCUGUCCCCCCCUUCGCAUAUUAACAGAUGGUAAAAUCUGCCAAACCGAGAGCUUUCCUUUGUCCCAAAGCACCAGAGAAUCACCAAACGGUGUGUGUGGUUGGUGUGUGUGGGUGUGUGUGCUUGUGGGGGUGUGUGUGUAUGUACAUGUAUGAGGGGGUGUUAAAGAGGCUACUGCCGAGUAACCAAACCAGCUGACCAGUUACAGCUGCUUGUCCAAAACCACAGGAGAUUAUGGGCUGAGCGUUUAGCAGAUAGUGAAGGCUCUGAAGAUAGACUGAGAGAUUUUAUGACAUUAACAGUCAAACGGUCACCCAUGGAUCGGAUAUUCAGUUGUAGCAGACGGACACAGACCCACACUCCUGGGAGCCAUGCCAAGUGUGCCCGCAGUUAGGGUAAGGCUAGUGCUAGAAGAGGGCUGUGUUCCAGAUGUGUCCAGAAAGCCUACCAGAGCACUUUGCCCCUGAAUAAGGCCAGCAUCCCAGUUUCUGAAGAGUUUUGCCAAGGCAUGGAGAGUUCCCACUGGAGCAGAGCCCUGUCAGUGGUGUUAUGCUGUGAGUCUGCUCUGCUCCAGUUGCUGUAACUGUCCAGAGUGUCUGUGCCUUCCUGUUGAGCAGGGACGUAAGGUGGCCACAUAGUCAUGGGCAGGCUUGUGGAACAGUUAAGGUUGCCUGAAAGGGUUAACAAACCUGGCCGUAAGCAGGCUUCUGCAGUGAAGGCUCAUUUAAACAAAGAUGUGUAAGAAAUACACCUGCCUGGCAGGAGAGCAGCAUCCUCAUUAGGGUUAUUAGUUAAACUGCUAAUGACAGUGCUCUACUUAUAGCUAGGCUGAGUGUGUUUAAUUGAACCUUUUUAAUUUGCUGUUGAUUCUCUGGUGAGAGGAAAAAGAAAGCUCCCACAGGAAUGUUUUGCUUCUUGACAGAGCAGCAACACUUAUUAUCCAAGGCAAGGGUGAUGGCACCGCAGACUGAGGUGUGCAGGUCUCUCGGAGAAGCGACCUGUUGGAACAGCGGCACUUAAUUACAAAACACCCUAAAAACUCGGCCUCGAGUCCACCCUUCCCUGCAGACAAAGCUAGGAUUUGCCUUCUCUCCAGGAUACAACCCAAACUAACGUACAGUCUGCCCUUUAAAUAGGGAAAAGCUGAUUCCAGGAUUCCUUCCCUCUUAGCUCCACCAAGGGAAAUGGAAAGGCAAGUAAACAUUACGCUGUCAGUGAGAGGCAUUUGAAUUUCAUUUCAAUGGGACGUUCCACUUAACAGAAGAGCUUCAGAAGGGUCUUGCACUGACUUGAACUGGAGCUUGCGGUCAUCUUGAGCAGUCCGGUUGAAUGAAUGUCUCUGCUGCCAACGGUAACUGUGAAACAAUGAAAAGAACAAUUCUCUGCUUAUCAGGCUCUGAAUGUGGAAAAAUAAGCUCAAAGAAUAACAGUGUUCAUUCCGGUGCUGAGUACGAAGGCACGGCUAAAGUGCAGUUAGAGUGAACAUUACUGAUUUUUGUUGGGUUUGGAUUGCUUUUGGCAGCCCUUAUAACUGUACACUGUUGUGUGCCGGGCUUUGAAUCCAGUGAAUUUCUUUGUUCCCACUACACAAAUGCAGACAGUGCCUUUUUCAAUGGGCAUUUGUCUGUGCUAAAUUAAAUAUGUAUAUGUGGUACUUUUCCAGAAUACAGAAAAAUACUCUCCAUAUUGAUCCAUAUAGUAUUGCAGGGCUCCACUGUUUAGCAAGGAUACAAACAAGUCACAGUUGAUGAGUCCCGUAGCUUGCAGAACUGUGAAAGGAUUGUUUUAGAGAAUAAAUUGGAUUCAUCCCACUGCUGAGUGUGUGUGCGUGUAUGCAUGCGUGUGUCUGCAUAAAGCAUGUUUUGUAAUCAAAUUAAACCUUAUUAACACUUAGCGACAUUUUUUUUUUUUUUUGGUGGUGUGUUAGGAAACAUUUAUAUUCUUAUUUUGUUUUUUGUCAUUAAUCCAUAAAACCAUUAAUCUGCCUUUUUCUUUCAUUUUCAGUUCGGGUUUCCUGUAGAACCUUUCCCUUCACAUCAGAAGCGAAUGCCCCCACAUUCGGUUAACACGCAGCUAUGCCAUUGCGCCUGUUUGCUCACCUUUACUCAUUGCUCCCUUCCUGCGCUCACCAUUUUGUUUUAAGCAAGAGUCCGCACCCUUGGCUGUUCUGGCUUAUGGUUGUUCUUGUGAAGAACUCGGCAAUAGCCUAUGUGGAACUGGCAAGAGAUGGGCCUUGCUGAUGCCUCUUCCCCUUUGGGCAGCAGCAGGCUGCUGAGCGCUCGUAGGGCUAGCGUCCCCUCUUCUCAAUUGCUCCGCUUUUUGUCUCUCCCUCCAUUUUGUGUGAGGGGCUGCGUGGUGGGAGAGCGCGGCUGCUUGGUGGUGCGCAUCUAGCCCCUAUCGUGGGACCCCUGCAAAUGCAACCCGAUGCUGCCAUGGGGUGGGACGUGCUGUCUGAAGAGACUGGCUGCCCUCUCCCCUUUUUAAUUUGCUGUAUCUAACUCCUGUUACCUGCCCAGUGCUGCCAUACGUGACUCAAAUAAUUUUAAAGGACUUUUUGCAAAACUUGACAUCCUCACAGGCGUGAGCCUGAGUCCGAACCUCUGGUCCCCAGGCUUGGGGGAUUCUCAAACUUGGAUCCACGGUUUGCAACUAAGUGUUCUCUGAAUGCUGCAGGGGUCACGAAGGAUCUCUUGCCUUGUCUCCCUCUCAGUGUGCUGGCCUGGAUGCACAUCCUGGAUCCAAUCUCAGGGAAGGCUGGUCACUUUGCUGUACAUAUCAGUGUUUGUGAAGAAAGAGGAUGAUGUUUCUUUUGACUUUCCUCUCAGUGACUCCAACAAUUUCUGGGUUUAAUGCAAAAAGUAUCACCUUUUUUUUUUUUUUUUUUUUUUUUUUUUAUUUGGCAUCUGCUUAGAAGUGUACAGAUGCUGGCAAGUUGCUUCACCUAUUUUCUAUUCAGCAAGAGCCUUAUUUUACUGCAAGAUUUGCACUAAAAAGGAGGGUGUUUUGCUCACUGGGGCCGGGAGUUUACUCUGGCCAAGUGCAACUGUGAUUUGCCUGCAGGUGUCUUCUCUGUGUAUUUCUGGAUGAGUUUUGUUUUUAAAUAAAGACUUAAUCAGACAGUGAAUUCUGGUUAACAUUUACUUCUUUUGUUUUUUGUUUUCUUUGCCCUUCUUUUACAGUAACCCAUGGCUCUGUACUGAGUAAUUACCCCUGAAUACAAUGGGCUGGAAUGGACCUUCAUUUACUUGUAAAUCGGAGGGUCUAAUAAAACGUGACAGCAUUUCAGCUGUGACCUUUCCAUGGUGUUACCCUUGCUCUCUCCUAUAUCCUCAUUGUGAUUCUGUCUUUACUAUGUACUGGUGGUUAUCGCUUUUAUUAAACAAUGUAAAAUUAGUCCUAAGAAGGUUUUGGAUGCUGCAACUUUAAAUCCUACAAUUUUUUUUUCCCCCUACAAUUAAUGGAUUCCCCUUUCUCCCGGUCCCUCUCCACCCAGAUAAAUAAGGGAUGUGGAAAUAAGUUCUGUGAGUUAUUUUUGCUGGCGAAAUAACAACGCAGUUUAAAUGUAUUUAUUGGUGACGUUAAAACGACAACACCACCUUAGUUGAAUUAUUGCAUAGUUGAGAGAUUAAACGCUCUUUUCUCUUUAUACUCGGUGUCAUUUUCACGACGUCAUCCAUCUUUUUUUUAUUUGCUUUUAUUUUUUCUUUUGCUAAUUCAUGCUACCUGAGGACCAGCACAUAAUCCUCAUUUCCAUUUCAGACUUGCUUGUUGUGACCCUGAUCCUUCAGCCGCACGGUGCGCAGGCUAAGUUCUCUGGACGUGGGUGAAUCCACACGUCCUGACCCUGCUGAAAGAUCAGGAUGCGUGCUGCCAAAUAGUUUCAGCAAAAACCCUUCAAAUCCUGGGUUUUGGGAAGAUAAGCACACCUUAGACCUAGCCGUGAUAGGUAAUGCUGGUUUCAGUGCAAGCCGCUGCUGAGUUUCACUAGAAAGGUAGAGUCUGGAUGAUGCUGAAGGCUGACGAACAGUUUGUGCGUACGACGUGUUAGUCUGGCUAGCUGCUCACGGCAGCGGCAAACCUCGUGCGUUAACCCGGAUCGAACAACGGUCUGGCCUCUGCUUCCGGCAACCAAGGCAGUUAAAACUCUUGCUUGCAAUUUUUCUCAGGUAUUUUGUUUCACCAUAAAUACAAUUUUAUUUCCCAUAAAAGUCUUUGGCUGUUUUGUGGUGGUUGGUUUGGGAUUUUUUAAGCAAGUUAAAAUAAUUUGAGUAUUUACUUCUUCCUCUACUGUCAAAUGUCGGCCUGCUCCCCAAACCAGGCAGUAUCACUGUCAAUGAUUUCUAGAUUAUCUGCUAAAAGAACCGUUUAAUGUGCCUUUUUUUUUUACCACACUGCAGGCUGUUCUCCCUGACCAUUAGAAUGUUUUUUAAAGUUAUGUAAAGUCUUUUUAAAGAACAAAGGCUUUCACUUGUGUGAUUUCCUUGAAGUGCUUGAGGUACCACAAGGAGGUUCCAUCUCUCUCUCAGCUGUUUUCGUGUUGCAUCUCUUUUUCCUGCUUUUUGAAUGUCUUUCUCUUUUUUGCUAAUCUUCUGUUUUUUUCACUUUUUUUCCCCUUUUCUCUCUCUCUAGCUUUUUUUAAUCUGUCUUCGCCAGCUGCACUGGGUCUGAGGGAGAAGACUGCCACUUCUAGAAGAGUUUAAGGG